UAACACUUCAUUUUCUCUUCCCCUGUGUCUCGGCUGCUAGAACUGAGAAACCACAGUAGCAACCAAAAACCCUGAUUAAACCCUAGCAUAAGCCAUGGGCAAGGUCAAAGGUAAGCACCGUUUAGACAAAUUCUACCGUUUAGCCAAAGAACACGGUUACCGAUCACGUGCCUCAUGGAAGCUAGUCCAACUCGACGCCAAAUUCCACUUCCUCCACUCCUCACGCGCCGUCCUCGACCUUUGCGCCGCUCCCGGAGGUUGGAUGCAAGUCGCGGUACAGCGCGUGCCUGUUGGCAGCCUAGUACUCGGUAUAGAUUUAGUUAAAAUCGCGCCGGUUCGCGGUGCGGUUGCUAUCGAACAGGAUAUAACGAAACCGGAAUGUAAAGCUAGGAUUAAGAAAAUAAUGGGGGAGAAUGGAGUUAAGGCGUUUGAUUUAGUGUUACACGACGGUUCGCCAAAUAUCGGUGGGGCUUGGUCUCAGGAAGCUAUGACACAAAAUUCUCUUGUUAUUGAUGCUGUUAGAUUGGCUACUCAGUACUUGGCUCCUAAAGGAACUUUUGUUACUAAAGUUUUUAGGUCUCAGGAUUACAAUUCGGUUAUUUAUUGUUUGAAUCAGUUGUUUGAAAAGGUUGAAGUGGAUAAACCGGCUGCUAGUCGUUCUGCAUCUGCAGAAAUAUUUGUGUUGGGGUUAAAGUACAAGGCUCCUGCGAAGAUUGAUCCGCGUCUUCUUGAUGUGAAACAUCUAUUUCAAGGUUCCAUUGAACCUCAGCGAAAGGUUAUUGAUGUACUCAGAGGACAAAAGCAAAAGCGACACCGUGAUGGGUACGAAGAUGGGGAAAGCAUUAUUCGGAAAGUGUCUUCAGCUGCUGAUUUUGUUUUUUCCAACACCCCUCUUGAGAUCCUUGGUUCAGUUACGUCUAUAUCCUUUGAAGAUCCAGCAUCUUUGCCACUUAAGGAUCAUGCUUUAACAACAGAAGAGGUUAAAGCUCUAUGUGAUGAUCUUCGUGUCCUUGGAAAGCAAGACUUUAAACAUCUAUUGAAAUGGAGGAUGCACAUAAAGAAGGCCUUGUCUCCUUCUCAAAAGGCUACUUCUACCACUUCCACAGAUGGUGAAGAAAAGACUGUGGAGGAUGAGGAUGAUAAGCUGCUGAAUGAAAUGGAGGAAAUGACUUACGCUGUGGAGCGUAAGAAGAAGCAGGCAAAAAAGCGUGACGCAAAAAGACGAGCCAAGGACAAGACACGGAAGGGAAAAGGAAUGCAAAUAGAUGCAUUGGAAGAUGGCUACGUGGAUCACGAAUUGUUCUCUCUUUCUUCCAUCAAGGGGAAGAAAGAUUUGGUAGCUGUUAAUUCUGCUGAAAAUGAUGACGAUAAUGGUGAGUUGGGAGACAGUGAAAAUGAGGGUAGACAUGAUCUUAAAGAGCACUCAUCCAGUGAUUUAGAUUCUGAUGAAGAACGAAUGAGGUAUGAUGAAAAAAUGGAAGAUUUUCUCGAUCAGGUUUAUGAAAGGUUUACUGCCAAAAAAGAAGGAAGUGCUAAGCAGAGGAAACGUGCAAGGAAGGCAUAUUCUGAACUUUUGGAGGGGGACGACAAUGCUGAAGCUGUGCAAUCAGAUUAUGAUUCUGAUAAAGACCAAGGUGAUGAGGAAGUAAAUCCUCUCAUGGUACCAUUCAAUGACGGAGAAGUGCCAACAGAAGAAGAGAUCACAAAUAAAUGGUUUGCUCAGGAUGUCUUCGCCAAAGCUGUUGAGGAUGGAGAUUUGGAGAAGUCCGACAGCGAAGAUGAAAUGCAGAUAGAUAAGAAGGAGAAAAAGCAUGAUAUGCCAUUAAAGGUAGCAAAUGUCGCAGUGGGUCCUAAAGACGCUCAACCUAAAACUUUGAAGGGAGAGGAAGAUUUCGAGAUAGUCCCUACUGCAGCUACGGAUUCUAGCGAUGAUUCAUCCUCAGAUGAUUCCGACGAAGAAGACGUUGAAUCAAAGGCUGAGGUACUGGCUUAUGCUAAGAAGAUGCUGAGGAAAAAGCAAAGAGAACACAUGCUUGAUGAUGCAUACAAUAGAUAUAUGUUUGACGAUGAGGGUUUGCCGGGCUGGUUUCUGGAAGAAGAGAGGAGGCAUCGACAGGCAAUGAAACCAGUCACCAAGGAAGAGAUCGCUGCAAUGAAAGCACAGUUCAAAGAAAUAAAUGCACGUCCUGCUAAGAAAGUGGCACAAGCCAAGGCUAGAAAGAAGAGACUGGCAUCAAAGAGGCUUGAGAAGGUUCGUAAGAAGGCAAACACUAUAUCAGAUCAAGCAGACAUAUGUGAUCGUUCAAAGAGUAAGAUGAUCGAACAACUUUAUAAGAAGGCAGAACCUAAAAGGCCUAAGAAGGAAUAUGUUGUUGCCAAGAAAGGAGUUGCGGUGAAGGGUGGCAAGGGGAAAGUCGUUGUCGAUCGACGGAUGAAAAGUGAUGCAAGGAAGCAUGGUAUGGGUAAACGAGGAGGAAAAGGGUCUUCGAAAAAGGGGAAGAAUGCAAAAGGUGUAAAAGGUAAAGGACCCGGGAAGGGUUCGGCUAAAAAUGGAAAGAGCGGAAAUAGAGGGAAAACAGGAGGAUCACGUGCGUGAAUAAGACUACUAGACUUGCAUUUCACCUAGCAGGUAUAAACUGUUUAGUCUUUUUCUUCCUUAUUUUUGACUCUUGGCCAGUGAAAAUCACUGAGACUCAAAUUUUGUAUUAGUAAUUUUGUAAUGCUUCGACGAAUUCUUAAAUCUGUAUUGGAGAGUGAGGUUUUGGAUGACGACAUGAUUAGCCGUAGUUUGGCUUUUUGGA